GCACCACUCCACCCCCCUCACUAUAUUUCAUAUUGUAGUUACAUCAUCCUAAGCUUCUGGAGAAUUGAAUAACACUUUUGCCACUUAUUAAAAAGUAGCUUUCUCAAAAAUACACAUAAUGAUCAUAUUGGGUGAUCUUACAAUACAGUACAAUUUGAAUGAAUAAUUAUUAAAAAUAAAAUACCGUCAUUGCUGCAGUGUAGUAACUAGUCUCAAGGAGAUCACAUUUUAUACUCGCGUAAUUUCUUUAAAAUUGGUAUUAAUGAUUAGCAAGUAACACCGCCUGCAAAUGCAUCACUGACAAGCUCCUUCUUUCCUCUCCCUUUCUCUGUCAUCAUCUACUCUGUUCAUCUGACUCUUUCCUCCACCACAGUGCGCUGCUGGCCGAGACUAAAUCACCAGUGGUAUUCUGCCACAAUGACGUCACGGAAGGUAACAUUCUGAUACUGGAAAACAAGGACCCCAACGCCACUGACAGACUCAUGCUGAUUGACUUUGAGUACAGCAGUUACAAUUACAGGGGGUUUGACUUUGGGAACCAUUUCUGUGAGUGGAUGUAUGACUACACCUAUAACCAGUGGCCCUUCUACAAAGCCACACAGAAGAACUAUCCCACCAGAGAGCAGCAGCUUCAUUUCAUCAGAACUUAUUUGGCACAGCAGAGAGGACACUCUGACAUGUCCAAGGACCAGACACAGGAGGAGGAGGCCAUGAUAAUUGAAGCUAACAGGUAUGCAUUAGCUUCACAUUUCCUCUGGGGGCUGUGGUCCAUCAUUCAAGCAAAGAUUUCCAAGAUCGAGUUUGGAUACAUGGACUAUGCCCAGUGCCGCUUUGAUGGCUACCUCAAGUUAAAGAAAGCCUUCUCCUGAUUCCCACGUUUUGAUAUAAAAUGUACUACUAGUAUGCAACUCGUGCUUACUACAAGCAAUGUUGGGUGGAAGAUAUACAUGUACAUUUGAACAUAAUGCAGGCAAUCCAUCCUAUUAAAGCACCUCUCUCUAAUGUGAAAUUCUUUUAGAGCAGGUAAAGCUCUACGGCAUGUUCAAAUUGGUUGUUUGGCAUUUGAAGGGCUCAGUCAACAUGAUGGUCGGCUACUGUACUAAACAAUGCUACUCAUGUGUCUAAAUUCGAGUUAUUUUAGAGUUUUUUGUUUUAUUCUGCCUUGCUCCUUUUUUCUGAUGUCAAUUCUGCAUUAGGGUUGUUCUUUGGAGGUCCAAUAAUGUGAAUAAUUCACAAGUGUAAGUUUAUGUCAGUAAUAUUGGAUUUAUUAACUGUACAUUUUUGUAACUGUCUUGCUACCUUUUCUCUUCUAUCUAUCGUUGUAUGACUGUAACAUCAUCAGGUAAACAUUUGUCAUUCUCAUCUAUGGUUUUAUGUAACUAAAAUGUACAUCUGGCACUUGUAGUCAACUAAAUUAAGCUAAACUGCUUAAAUAGAUCCUACAAUUAUUGAAACUUUUUUUUUUUUUUUUUGAAUACCAUUAUGAUUAUGUUUAUUUAGACAGUCUCCUGGGUUUGACAGAAGCUACUUUCUUCACCAAAUGUCAUGAAUAUCCUACAUUUCACACAAAGCUUUGUCAGUUUACUUUUGAAAAGAAGCUAGCCGCUUUACUGUGCCUCAUUAACUGUUGUUUUUUAAAGCAGCGCUUCCUGUUGACGUUCAUACUGUGUCAUCUGUUUUAUGUUGGUUAUGGUUGGUUACAAACUACUAGUUUAAAUCUAAUAAACAUGUCUCUAGAACCUGUG